UUUACUUUUGCUCAUUUACUUUUUGUUAUGUGAAUUACUCUAGUUCUUAGUGCCUGUGGUUGGGCCUCCAGUGCUUCACUGGCUAAAUGUAAUUUCCUGAGUUAACUUGGUUAAGUUAAUGUUUUUACUUCUGUUCAUGGAGAGUUCUUUUGUGUUCUAAUGCCCAGAAGAGGGAGCUCUUACCAAGCAAACCUGUGGUUCCUGUUCACCUCAACUCAACUACUUUACUGCAAAUAAAUGCGUAAAAUGAAUCAAACAGUAAUUGUUAUGUUUCUGAAAUAAUUGUUUUAGUUAUUUAGAAGUAUGGCACAGAUUAGCUGCCUGUUUCUUACAGGUAUUGUUUUUGCAAUACCUGAAGUUUAGUUGUUUUCUUUUUUUUCUUCCUUUGCUUUCAAAUUAAACAUGCAAUAAAACUCAUUCACCGUAUUAAUAGGUGAAAAUUACAGCCGAUUUCAAAUUGCAUUUUGGCACUCAAACGACUUACCAAGGAACAAUGAAUGUUUAUGGCACGCUUAGAACCCUUCUAGAUGUUUCUGUUAUAAAACGAUGAUUACCUGGCACAGACAGCUUUAAAUAACUGUCCAGACUACAUUGUGCAAAGACCAAGAUCCCUGCCAACACCUUGUUACUACACAUACAUAGCUUGUUUGUUAUUCUCUUCCGCAAACACUCAGGAUAAUGCGAUUAGAAGUUUAUUGCGGAGUAAAUCCUCUUAUAAAGGUGUUAUCAGAAACCUUACAGCCAAACCGGUGCCACUUGUCAAAGGACCAAACUUGAGACGGAGGUUCAGUUUCAAACUUCCACUUCCUAUACCCUCACUCUUUCUCAGACAAAAAAAAAAAAUGGCAAAGACUCUUUUUCUGGUGGCAUCUUUGCUGCUUUUGGGAAAUGUUUCUUUUCUGCAUGCCUCAUUUCCACCCAGCCUUAUUGAAGACUUGGCAAAAAUCGUCAUGAACAACUACUGCUCACCAGAGAAGCUGGUGGGGAUGAAGGAGGACAUUGCAGCAGCCACAAGCAACACUGAAGUACUCGACAUCUCAGACGGCGAAUUACUGGCCGACGUCCUAAGCAAUGGAGUCCAAACAACACUGAGCGAUCCACGGCUGACGGUCUCCUAUGAGCCAAACUAUAUUCCUGCGGUUCACCAGGAGAUGCCUCCGCUGCCCCCUGAGCAACUUGUUACUAUUCUCCAGACAUCCAUCAAGCUAGACAUCCUGGAAGGUAACAUUGGCUACCUGAGAAUUGAUCACAUCCUUGGGGAGGAGGUUGCUGAGAAGGUUGGUCCUUUGCUUGUAGACCUUGUCUGGAAUAAAAUCUUGCCCACCUCAGCUCUGAUCUUUGACCUACGCUACACUGGUAGCGGGGACAUCUCUGGCAUCCCUUACAUAGUCUCUUACCUUACCGAAGCCGAGCCUGUGAUUCACAUUGACAGCAUAUAUGACCGACCCUCGAACACCACCACUAAGCUGAUGUCUAUGUCCACACUGUUGGGAGAGAGAUACAGUGUGACCAAGCCGCUGAUUGUACUCACUAGCAAAAACACAAAGGGCAUCUCUGAAGAUGUUGCCUAUUGCCUCCAGAGCCUGAAGAGAGCCACCAUUGUCGGUGAGAAGACCGCUGGGGGCUCAGUGAAAGUCGAUAAAUUAAAAGUGGGCGACACCGACUUCUACGUUAAGCUGCCUACCGCAAAGUCCAUCAACCCCAUUACAGGCUCAACCUGGGAGCUGACAGGUGUGACCCCAGAUGUGGAAGUUGGUGCAGAAGAUGCCCUUGCUACUGCAAUCAGGAUUAUCAACCUCCAAGCUCAAGUUCCAGGCAUCAUUGAGGAAUCAGCCAGCUUGAUUGCCAACAAUUAUGCCUUUGAGAGUGUUGGAGCAGAUGUUGCAGAGAAGCUGAGAGAGCUUCUGGCAAAUGGAGAAUUCAGUAGAGUUGUUUGUAAACAAUGUCUGGAGACAAAGCUGUCAGCUGACCUCAAGACCCUUUCCGGCGACAAGAGUCUGAAAACCACCACCAACACCCCAGCCCUGCCACCAUUGGAAUAUUCUCCAGAGAUGUACAUUGAGCUGAUCAAAAUCUCCUUCCACACUGAUGUGUUCGAAAACAACAUCGGAUAUCUCCGAUUUGACAUGUUUGGAGACUUUGAAGAAGUCAAGCCGAUUGCCCAGAUUAUUGUGGAGCACAUCUGGAACAAAGUUGUGAACACAAAAGCUAUGAUCAUUGACCUCAGGAACAACCUUGGUGGAUCGACAACAGCCAUAGCGGGUUUCUGCUCUUACUUCUUCGAUGGGGACAAGGAGAUUCUUCUGGACAAACUCUACGACAGACCAUCUGGAACCACAACUGAGCUGCGAACUCUGGACGAACUUAGUGGUGUAAGGUAUGGCUCCAAGAAAAGCCUCAUCAUCUUGACCAGCAAGGCUACGGCGGGUGCCGCGGAGGAGUUCGUUUACAUCAUGAAAAAGCUAGGCCGCGCCAUGGUUAUUGGCGAGACCACUGCCGGGGGUUCCCACCCACCAAAGGUCUUUCCUGUUGGUGAGAGCAACAUCUUCCUCAGCAUCCCCACGGUCCACUCCGAGACUUCAGCCGGGCCAGCCUGGGAGGGAGUGGGUGUCACACCCCACAUCCCCGCCGCGGCUGACGCUGCCCUUGAGGUGGCCAAGGGCAUCUUCAACAAACACAUUGGAGGCCAGCAGUAAACAGCGUGCUGUUGAGAUCUCUCUUUCGCCUUGGCAAUGAAUUCUGGGCUUGUUUGUGAGAACAAUGUAGGUCAGAGUAUGCUGUUCCUAAUUCUCAAAACACUUAAACCUUGUUGUUUUUUGCAAUGCAGAGGUUCGGUUGUACGUAGGGUAAUGACGGCUACUUCCACAAAAUGAAUGGAAGUGGAAAAACAAUUGUAAUUCUUGUGUAAACGUGAGUCUUACUGCAUGUGUGACUGAGUAAGUGGAUGUAAUAUGCCUUCAACACUGGCUUUUCCUUUGCUAUGCUGUGCGCUUGGUAUGCCAGGUUUGAAAAAAUAAUCACUUUAAAUAUCUAAUGUCUCCACAUGUGAAGUCGUAACUGUGGAUGUAGAAUGAUGUUUGUCCUAAAUUUCACGUCAUGUGGACCUACUUGGGUUGUAUCAAUUCCAGGGGUGAGACCCAAUAAAAAUGGUUCAUAAGUGUG